AUGUGAGAGAGGGAGAGUCAUGGAGGGCGACUAAUUAAUCAAAUUAAGGAGCGUAGAAUUUUUCGCUUAUUUCAUUUGCAAAUUGUAAACCCAACCCAUUCUUUACUCCAUUAUAUCUAAAAAACUUAGGCCUUCCCUUCCCCUAUUAUAUUCUCCUUAGUCCUUACUUUCUAUCUUGGUCUUCUUCUUCCUCCGCAUAUAGCUUUAGCUUCAACUUCAACACACCUCUUCUUCUUCGUCUUCUUCUUCUUCAGCUGAAUAAUAAUUACUUAGUUAACAAUGUAUUCCUCAAAACCAAAUUCAUAUGAGAAGUACUCAGAUUCUCAAACCCCAACAACUGGAAUACCCGUUAUGUCCUCCGACCCUUAUGUCUCAGAUCACAGUUCUCAACCCCCACCACAGUUUCAUCUCCGCCCCAAAACUCGUGGUCCUUGGUCCACCGGCCUCUUUGACUGCUUCUCCGAUGUCAAGACCUGUUGCAUAACAUGUUGGUGUCCCUGUGUAACUUUUGGCCGGAUUGCUGAGAUUGUUGACAAAGGAUCAUCAUCUUGUGGAGCAAAUGGAGCGCUGUACACAUUGAUUGCUUGUGUGACUGGUUUCCCGUGUUGCUAUUCAUGCUUCUACAGAACAAAGAUGAGGCAACAAUAUUCGCUCGCUGAAAGCCCCUGUGGUGAUUGUUUGGUUCACUGCUUCUGCGAGUCCUGCGCUCUUUGCCAAGAGCAUCGUGAGCUCCAAAACCGCGGCUACAACAUGUCUAUUGGAUGGCAUGGAAAUGUGGAGGAAAAAAAUCGAGAGGUGGCCAUGGCCCCAGUGGUGGAAGAAGGCAUGUCCCGGUAAAUGAAAUUUAACUUCAACUACUUUUCCCAAUUAACUAGUCUAUACAUACAAAGAAAGCAAAAUAGUUGAGAAAAUAAUUUCGUUGUUGAUCUUAGUUGCGUAUUUGUUGUGAUUGUAGCAAUUUUAUAUAUAUAGUGCUGUAUUUUCUUGGAAAACCAAAAUUAGCAGUGUAAAUUGAGGAGCAGCUGGUGUAUUAUUAUUAUUAUUAUUAUUUAUUAUUAUUUUUUGUGUGUGUGUGUGUGUGAAUAUAAAGCUAAAUAUUAUUAAUAAUAAAAUUUGCUUAUUAUUAUUAUUAUUA